AUGGCUCGCACCAAGCAAACCGCUCGCAAGUCCACUGGCGGCAAGGCGCCGAGGAAGCAGCUAGCGACGAAGGCCGCCCGCAAGUCGGCUCCGGCGACUGGCGAAGUAAAGAAGCCCCACAGAUUCAGGCCCGGAACCGUGGCUCUCCGUGAGAUCAGGAAGUACCAGAAGAGCAUCGAGCUUCUCAUCAAGAAGCUUCCUUUCCAGAGACUCGUUCGUGAGAUCGCGCAGGACUUCAAGACUGAUCUCCGGUUCCAGAGCUCCGUCGUCGCCGCUCUCCAGGAGGCCGCUGAGGCCUACCUCAUCGGUCUCUUCGAGGACACAAAUCUAUGCGCCAUUCACGCCAAGAGAGUCACCAUCAUGCCUAAGGAUAUUCAGCUCGCCAGGCGUAUCAGAGGCGAGCGCGCUUGAGUUUGAUUUAGGGCUUUCUCUGUAUAGAAGC